UGCAGCUCUUGACUACUGCCAGCAGAUAGCGCCCCCUCCUUUCUUUUAGCGCCCACAGAGCUGGGUCCCAAGCCAGGGCGGACGUGACGUCACGGGCCCACUUUUAAACCUCUUGCCGGGUUCUUCCAAUGCUUCCCUGUACGGUCGCGGACACCCUGUAAAGGCGGGGGGAAUAAGGCUUUUCUAUCCUUGGUGCCUAGCUAAUGGCCCUAGCUAUGGAGAGUAGCCUCCCGGGUGUAAACAGCAGCGACAAAGGCCGUGUGGUGACUGUGUUUGAUAGGCGCCUCGAGCAAACAGAGUGCGGAGAGAAAAUAGUGAGCGUGGGCAGCGGCGACGGCUACGCUGAAUUCCGUGCGGAUAUCUGCCAGGCUUGUGGCAUCAGCCCAGAUGAACAGUUUGUGAUUACCACUACAAAUAGGAAACCAAUCACACAUACAAACUUUGAUCUGAUUGUCCAAGAUGGCAUCACUUUAUAUCUUCUUAAAUCACCCGACCAAUUGCUGUUUUCUCCAACCAAAGAAAAAAUUGACUUUUUGCCACAUUAUGAUACACUGGUCAAAAGUGGAAUGUAUGAAUAUUAUGCUAGUGAAGGACAAAAUCCCCUACCAUUUGCCCUGGCUGAGCUAAUAGACAACUCAUUGUCAGCCACUGCCCAGAAUGCAGGUAUCCGAAACAUACAGAUAAGACUGCUUUUUGAUGAGACUCAGGGAAAACCAGCCGUUGUUGUUAUUGAUAAUGGAAAAGGAAUGAACUCAACACAGCUUAAAAACUGGGCUAUAUACCGACUUUCAAAGUUUACAAGGGGUGCUGCUGCCUUAAGUGAAGACGGAAUCUAUGUCCGACCUCCACAUGUACCACGCAGCUUGAAUAGUGAUAUCUCCUACUUUGGUGUCGGUGGCAAGCAGGCAGUUUUCUUUGUUGGUCAAUCAGCCCGUAUCAUAACUAAAAAUGCAGAUUCACAAGAUGUUCAUGAAUUUGUGCUUUCUAAAGAAGAUUUUGAGAAGAAAGAAAUAAACAAAGAAGACAUUUACAGUGGUUUUAUCAGAAAUAGAAAGCCUGCUGAUUCUACACACGUGACAGAAGAUGAACGUUUUCUUCACAAUCUAAUCAUGGAAGAACAUGAAAAAAAGAAUUUUACAGCUGUGGUUAUAACUGGUGUUCAGUCUGUACAUGUACAGUUUUUAAAGAACUAUUAUCAUUUAUGGAGCAGGCAGUUAGCGCAUAUCUACCAUUACUACAUCCAUGGGCCUAGAGGAAAUGUUUUGAAUAAAAGUAAAAUCAGUGCACAGGCACUCACUAAUCUUGACAUUGAGAUCUCUAUGUUUGAAAGGGGAAAGUCACCAAAGAUUGUCAGCCUAAGAGAGCUCAGAGAUGACAUGCAAACACUUUAUAUCAAUACCACAGCUGAUACAUUUGAAUUUAAAGCCCUUGUUGAAGGUGAAGGUGUUGUAGAAGGUGUAAUACGUUACCAUCCAUUUUUGUAUGACCAAGAAACCUAUCCAGAAGAUCCAUAUGCUUCAUCAAGAAAUAACGAUGCAGAUGAUGAUGACUGCUUCAUAAUAGAAAAGGAAGCACGUGGCAAAAGGCCAAUAUUUGAGUGUUUUUGGAAUGGAAGAUUAAUUCCUUAUACUACUGUUGAGGAUUUUGACUGGUGUGCUCCACCGAAGAAAAGAGGCUUGUGCCCCCCAGAGUGCUACAACAGAAUUUCUGGUGUUCUUUUUACAAACGACAGAUUUGAAGUCAGCACAAAUAAGCUUACAUUUUUAGAUCUAGGACUAAAGUUGCAAGACAAAAACACACUCUUUACUAGAAUUAUUAAUGGCCAGGAGCAGCGAAUGAAAAUAGACAGGGAGUUUGCACUUUGGGUAAAGGACUGUCAUGAGAAAUAUGAUAAGCAGAUAAAAUAUAUUGGCUUCAAAGGAACCAUUAGUCGUACGGAUGUUGCCUCAAAACGAAUGCAAAGUCCUUGGGCUACUUACUCUGCUAUAGAAUGGGAUAGGAAGAAGUAUAAAACUGGACAAUUGGUGAAAACAGUCAAGACUAUACCCGUACUCUAUGGAAGCAUUAAUAGGUUUCUUCUGUAUGGGGAUUACGAUUGUGAUAUAUAUGCUACUGGAGGAGAAGUUGAAAUUUCUUUGGAACCAAAAGAAUUGUAUGAUGAAAUCAAGCUUGUUCCAAUUUCAAAGAUAGACAGAAGUGCAACCUUGAGCAUCAUUAAGAAAUAUCUGGAAGAUGAAAUGACACGGUUUCCAGACACAUUGUCCGUUACCUGGCCAGAAGGUGAUUCAUUGGAAGACGAUGACAUAAAACACGCUGGAUCCAAAAUAGGGCCUUUAAGAAUUGAAAUACUGAAUAAAAAAGGAGAACCCAUGCAGAAACUUCCUGGUACAAGCCAUGCAGCAUCAAAAAAGCUUUUGGUGGAGAUGAAGGUGUUGCUGCAUUCUUCAAGUGGUGACAAAGAAAUAAUAUCGCACAUUAGUCAGCAUGGAGGUAAAUGGCCUUACUGGUUUAAAAAAAUGGAAAACAUCACAAAGCUUGGCAGCUAUACCUUGAAGCUCCAAGUUGUUUUGAACGAAAGUAAUGCUGACACAUAUGCAGAAAAACCACUGCCCUCUAAAAAUAUUUCAUUUAAGAUUGUUGAGGGUAAACCAGUUGGAUUUUCAGUGGGUGUCAUGGAUGCUCCAUUUCGUGUUGGAAUUCCGUUCAACAUUCCUCUCAACUUGUUAGAUGAAUUUGGUCAUUCUACCGCGCCGGUUACCGAUAUUAAACCUGUACUUGAAGCAAGUGGUCUAGCCAUGGAAUAUGAAGAAUGUAGUACAGAGUCCGGGCUGGCUAUCAAGGGUGUGAUUGCUAAAGGAGCUGUUAACAACUGCCAAGGCAAGAAUUUCAUGUUGAAGGUGACUCUACCAGGGUUAAAAGAAGACUCUCAGAAUAUCAAGAUAAGAUUGUUACCUGGACCACCAAAGAGCAUAAAAGUGAUCCCAGACAAAGAUGUCAUUGUUAUAGAGAAUGGAUCUCCUAUUUGUUUCCACGUUGAAGUCUUAGAUGAAGCAGGGAAUGUGACAACUCAGCCAAAAUUAGUUGUUGAGUGCAAGUUUACAGGUUAUCCAAAUCUUCCAAUUUAUACUCUGGAUUGUAGCAAUUCAGGCACAGGAAAAUUAUCUGGCCCCGUGCUUCGAGUUCAAAACAUCAAAAAAGUGCAAAUGCUGACGGCACAAAUUGAACUUCCUAGUUGUAAAGAUGUCCCAGCUGUGGAAAGGUCUAUCAGACUGGAACCGAGCACCCAUAUAGCAAAGCUGGAAAUCUUAAGUGUGGAUGGUGAAAAAGCAAUUCAAAUUAAACAUCAAGAUGAAAUUGAAUGGCUUGCUGGAGACAUCAUGCAAAAUCUUAUCUUACAAAUGUAUGAUGAAGCAGACAGGAAUAUAAUCAUCACUGAAGAGCUGGCAGAAAAAAUCAAGGUUAACUGGACACCAAUCAUUGACAAAGAAAACUUAAUCAAAGGACUUUUACCUGAUGUUGAAGUAGCAAUUUCCGUAAAAGACAUUCGAUACUGCCAAGUAUCAUAUCACGAUGAUCACGUGUCCUUGGAAAGCGCCUUCACAGUAAAACCUCUUCCUGAUGAAGCAAAACAUUUGAAAUGCAAGCUGACUGGAACCAAUGAAGUCCAGAUGGGCCAGGAAUUGAAAAGUGAAAUUGUACUGAUACUUGCAGAUCAAUAUGGAAAUCAGGUACAAUCACUGUCAUCUUCAUGUGUACAGUCACUGGGUGUUUCUGGAAGUAAUCUGGUAAAAAGCAACUUAAAAAUUACUUAUCAGGAAGAAACACAUUCAAUGAAUGUAGCUGGAAUUCAGUUUACUGUUGGACCUCCAGGCGAUAGAGAACUUUGCUUUGCUUGGAGAUCUUUUUCAGGUUACGUAAGACUUAGCCUUAUUGCUGGUCCUCCAGCUAAACUUGAUCUUCUAGACUGGCCUAAAUCAGAGCCAUUUACAGUAGUUGCUGGAAAACAGAUGGAAAACCCUCUUAUUGUUCAGCUCUGUGAUGAAUGGGGAUUUCCAUCUCCAACGCCAAAUGUAAAAAUUGCUUUGAUAAAGGACAAUGAUCUCAAGAUGAGUCCACAGUAUCAGCCACAGAAAACAAAUACAGAUGGUCAGCUGAAUAUGGGCAGGUUUUCAUUUUCUGCAACAAAAGGAGAAUAUUCUAUUGUAAUUAAAGCUAUGCAAAACAAAGUGGAAAACUACACAUUAAAGCUGACUGUUCUCCCAGAUCCUGAUAAACCUGCAAAAGUUAAAUUCCUGUUUGAUCAAAAUGCUAAACUAACUGCUGGGAGUACAUUUCCAGAGUUUGUAGUUAAUGUCGUCUCGGAGGAUGGUAGUAUCAUUAAGAAGCUGAACCUGGCUAAUUGUUCCAUGAAAUUAUGGAAGGAUCAGAGCAAUGGAGGGAAACCUCCAGCAAGCGUACCACCAAUGUUUUGCAGCAAGUUCAGAGAUGGGGACAAAGAAGGCUGUUUUUAUUUCAGGGAUAAAAUGAUACCAGAUCGUGUUGGAAAGUAUUGCAUUCAGUUUGCAUUUGUGGCUGAGAAAAACACAACACUCUAUAGUGAUAAGAUAACAGUGGAUGUUCUUCCAAACAAACCUGUGAAGUUGGUUCCGCAUCCCUUGCCUCCAACACCAACAGUAUCCAAUGUUAAAGCUGAAGCUAGUCGUACAUUGGUCAAGAACCUCUGGCUAAAAAUUGUGGAUGAACACAACAAUUUAGCUGGAAGUAACCUGAACGGCAAGAUCACUGUGAAGAUCAUUUGUUCAUCUGAGGACAUCACAGAGAUUCCUCAGUUUGCAUCAAGGGUUAAUGUCAUUGAUUUCCCAUUUAGAAAUGGAUCUGCUGAAAUCAGUGGCCUCAUCCUUUCUGAAAAUACUACAGGGAAAGAUAGCACAGAGUAUAAAAUCAUGUUCACUUUGGUGUCACCAGAAAUUGAAGCAGGGACAAUUGAACCAUACUACCUCCCUUUCAUAUUUUACAAUGAUUUUGAAAAGCAGCAGCAAAUGGCAACACUUACCAAGGAAAAAGAUCAGCUAUCCCAAACUGUUAAAGCUUAUAGAUGCCUGUUUGAUACCUCCAAACAGCUGAUCAGUGAAAUACAAUGUCAAGCAGAUGAAGCAAAAGCCAAAGAAAGUCACUUGAGGAAUGAAUUAAAAAAGCUCAGAAUUGGGGUAUCCCAAAAAAAUGAGAUUGAACACAUUGAGAUACUCAUAAAAGAGAAAUCAUCAGAGCGAGAAAAAAUAUUCCAUCAGCCUAAGAGAACAUGUUCUCUUCCCCCUUAUUCAAAGAGGAGUGCUGAUAUAUUAGGCAAGAUUGCUCAUUUAGCUUUGAUUGAAGACAAUGAAGCAGCUAAAGUAAUCUCUUGGCAUAUGGCUAGUGACAUGGACUGUGUUGUGACCUUAACUACUGAUGCGGCUCGUGAAAUCUAUAAAGAGUCUCAGGGUCGUCAGCAAGUUCUUCCUUUGGAUUCGAUUUAUCAGAAGAAUCUCCAAUGGGGCAGGCAAUUACCACACAUACGCAAUGGAAAAAGUUGCUUUAAGGCAGCUGGCAAUCCAGUUUUUGCUAGAGAUCUUUUAGUAUUUGAAAAGGAGUGUACAGAACAUUGUCAGAUAGUCUUCGGAAUGCUUCUGGGAGAUGCAAUCAUCUUGGACAAUUUAGAAGCUGCCAAUCACUAUAGAAAGCAGCUUGUGCAGUUCACUUUCUGCCCAACCUUACUGACCAGAGAUGGAGACAGAAUUCGAAGCAAUGGAAAGUUUGGCGGACUACAGAAUAAAGCACCUCCUUUGGACAAAUUAAGAGGAAUGGUGUUUGGAGCGCCACUGCCCAAAGAAUAUGAGACCCUUGGUACUGUAAUAGAUCUAUUAGAGCAACUCCGUUCUACAAUGUACAAGGCAAAGAGUGUAAAUAAGGAGCUUACUGAUGAAAUGCAGAUGCUAAAAUCUCCGAAUAUGCUUCAGAAAAAAGAAGAACUGGACUUACAAGAAAAACAGUUGAAGGAGAUAGAAAAAAAACUUGGCUUAACACCGAAGAAUCGAAGCACAGGGUUUGCAAACAAGCCUCCCGACCAUGAGAUGUCAGAUUGUCCAAUUCCUUUGAAACGUUCAAGAAGAGAAAAUGUGAAAAGAAAAUAAACUGAAAAAAAUGAAGGUAUUACAGAAGUUUUUUAAAGAGAAGAUGGCCGAAGUGCAGUGAGGAAAGACUGCGCCGGUAGAAUGAAUGUUCAAAGAAAAUAUACAAAUCUGUACCUUCUGUUUCACAGAAAUGUCAUUGUUUAUAUUUCAGCUGAAAACUGUAAUUGCUGUUUGUUUUCAUAUUCCGUUUUUUGGUUCACUUGUAUUUUCGGAAGGUUUAACUAAAACUGGAGUAAUGAAGAUCCAUUAGACUGUUUGUUCUUCCAACUUCCGUGAAAGCUGGGGAUAGCACAGGAUAUAUAUAUAUAUAUAUAUAUACACACACACACACACACACACACACACACACACACACACACACACACACACACAUUCAGCAAGUAGGAUCUGCACUCUCAGGUCUUAAGAAAAAAUUUAAAAAAUAUUAAUUGUUACAUACAAGACAGACGUUUCGGCCUCCUCCGAGGCCUUUCUCAAAGUGUCUAAUCAAUUGUGAAAAAGCCAUAUAUACAAAAGUUGGCGGGAAAAUAGACACAAUGAAGCUGACUUAUUAACAUCACCACCGAAAUGCGACUGUUUUACAUAUCACUCAUUAAAAACAUGUCGGUAUGAAAACAUAUAUGUAUAACUUAACAUCAAUUGCAGCUACUGAUAUUCUCCACAUUUAGACAUUACACACAUUCAACUGUUAAAAACACGAUGCUUUGCAAGUUUGUCUCACUACAUUAGUUUAGCUGUCAUUUACUGCUACCUUAUCACAAUAAUAAACAAUGUUGCAAAAAUGUAUCAAAAUUAAGAGAUAAGCUAAUAGGCCUGCUUUGGAGUACCUUUCAUGACUUGUAUUGCCUAACUAAUUCAGUAUCGAGAAUUACCACUCAGUUUACAGCUUCAUGGUGCCUACGGCUAAUCCCUUCCCUAAAUCACUAAAUGUGAGCCCCGCUCCUACAUGAUAAAAAACUACUAUCUGUUAAACCUUAACACAGUAUGUCAUUAGUGACAGUAAAUCAAUAUGGACGGAACCUCUCUGUUGUGGAACUAUACUCUACCCACUACCUCCUUGGAUAUCGUGACCCUCUGCACAUAUAAAUUUAUAUUUUUUAUUUCUUGUAUUCUUGCAUUUUGUUUUUUGUGUUUUUUACUAUUUACAUUUAUAGUUUGCGGGGUUAAUAGAUCUUCACAUAAACAUUUGUAAAUGUUUAUUUUUUUAUUUUUCACUAGAUAUAUGCUUACUUAAUGACAGUGUUCUCCUUUUGGAUAACUCUAAUUAAUGGGGUUGAUUAUAUA